AUGGCCACACGAGCCGCCCACAAGCGUCUUACGCGCGAAUACGCAGCCAUUGCGGCAUCACCUCCCGAGUUCAUCUCCGCUCAUCCUUCAGAGUCAAACAUCCUGGAAUGGCACUACAUCCUCACCGGCCCACCUGGCACACCAUACCACAAUGGCCAAUACUGGGGCACCCUCAACUUCCCUUCAGAUUACCCUUUCGCACCUCCGGCGAUCCGCAUGCACACUCCUAGCGGGCGUUUCCGAUGCUCCGAGCGCCUAUGUCUCUCCAUCAGCGACUUUCACCCCAAGAGUUUCAACCCUGCAUGGGAAGUCUCAACGAUUCUCCUUGGUGUCCUGAGUUUCAUGACGAGUGAGGAGAUGACGACAGGAUCUAUCAGUGGCACAGAAGCAGAGCGAAAAAUACUGGCUGCGCGAUCGCGAUGGUGGAAUUCAACAGGAGGCGGAAGCACGGAUCGCAGCCUGGAGGGUGGCAACGUCAAGAGCAGCAACGGUCGGGGAUUUGGUGCGAUCAAAGCCGGUGAUGGUGGAAAGCGAUUCAAAGAGCAAUGGCCUGAGAUUGACGAGGAGAACUGGAAGUGGAUGCGGGAAGAGAAGAUUGACCCGCAGACGGGUAAGAAGGACGUGCCAGAGAUCAGGGAGAUCGGCGACGGUGUGGUACGACGGACCAUUGACGAGGCGCAGAGUGCGGCGUUGAGGGGUGGGAAUGCGGCAAGACACGCUGCAAACGCUGUGCCUCAGACAUUCAUGGCGCGCAACAAGUACUACCUGGUGGGCGGAGUGCUGUUCGCGUAUGUCAUCGCUGCCAGGCUGCUGAAGGAGCAGGAGAACUACUAG